AUGGCUUAUGAUAGAAACAGAGGAUCCUCUGUUAUGGAAGGGUUCACUCUGAAUCCCCUGCCAUAUCCUGUUCUGUUAAUCUUAGCACUGAUCUUCAUCUUCCUUGGAAUAUCAUGGUACCUUUCAUAUGAAGAAGUUGUUGAAACUGCUCAAGAACAAUUUGGGUGGGUUCUGUUUGCUACUCCAGUGGUGCUAAUACUUUUAGUUCGUUGGCUAUCUUCCAUGGAGAACACAGAUUGGUUCUCUGGUUUGUCUCCAUGGAGUGGGCGCGGGAGAAUCUACGAAGGCUCAUCAGAAGGGAGCUCUCCAUGGGGUGUGGCUGCUUUGAUUGUGGUGGUGCUGAUAAUGGUGCAAUUUCAAUCCAACUUCCUUGAAAGCUGGUUUCCUUGAUUUGUAUCUCUUAUUUUAAGGCAUGUUCGAGUCAGUUUAUCUUUUCUCAUAAUCAAUUCUGCUGCGAGAAGCUACUCACUUCUCCCUAGAACUGAUUUAGGCUUUAAAAUCAAUUGUAGGAGAAUUUUCAAACAUGCACUUAACUGGUUUGUUUAUGUGUAGGGUUUGGUUUUAAUUUUCUUAGCUUUGUGAUUUUAAGCUAGUUUGUGUUAACUAUGAAUCUGUGGAAGGAAAUCCUGUGAUUAUUGUAAAUAUACAGAAUGAGUAAAGGAAGGUGCUAAAUGAAUAUUUA